AUGGUUUUGAAUCUCUUGUUCCGAAGUCUGGAGAUCUGGCUCACUGUCCGACUCCUUCGAAGUCCGAUCUUCCAUCGUAUGGUGGGCCGAGUUCACCAGAAAGUUCAACAUAUCAGAUACGGGGUGCCUCCGGAGGAGCAGGGAGGCACUAAUCUCGAGGGACAAGAUAUGAAGUACAAAAAAUUCCUUGAGCAUUUCAAGGAAGAGCUGAAGGACCAGAUGAAGGGAAACCCGCGGAACAAAUUCUAA